AUGUUAUCAAAAUGUCGUCAAGAUUUAUUAUCAUCAUCAUCCAAUGAUGAAAACCAACCAUCAGCUUCAACAUUUCGUUCUUCACAGAUAGUACAAAAAGAUUUAGUAAAUACAGGUACUAACAACUCACGCAAGAAAUGUCGUCAGCAAGAUGUUGAAAGUGAUGAUAACGGAAAAUUAAUUCAUAUAAAAUAUAAAUCUAAUCAACUGGUAGAAGCGCAUGGUCCAAGAGAUGUGGAUGCAACAGUUACAGUUGAAGUUAAUAUAGGUAAAGAACUUAAACCAAAAGCAGGUGAUAAAAUCGAUCGUGGCAUUGAUAAUUAUCGACAGUUUCAUGAGAAAGAAAAUUGGAGUAGUGAUGUUGUUCGAAAUAAAGGUCGAAUUCGUGCGCCAUUUCAUCUUCGUACAUCUGUUCAAUAG